UCCCAGACUUCAUUGCGCACGGAGAGCUGAGGUGGCCCUUUUCGAACGAAAGACGGAAGCGUACAGUAGUAGUAUUCCGGCGUCCAGUGAAGAAAGUAGUAAUUUGCUGUAAUUGAUAAGUGAAAAACAAAUUUUGCAGCAAAUAAUAAGAUGAUGCGCGUCGUUGCAUUUCUCUUUCUUUGUGUCGGCCUUUGUGCAGCGGACAGCUGUACAGAUCCCGUCAUCACACCCUCUUCCUACACCACCACUGAUGCUGUCAUCGCCUCCGAGUCUGUGUUCAUUGUGGAGCUCAGCCUAGCCUGUGCUAACGGCGCCCAGAGUGUGGCUUUGUAUGCGGACGUCAAUGGGAAACAGUUUCCUGUGACAAGAGGCCAGGACGUGGGGAAGUACCAGGUGUCCUGGAGUGUCCCCCACAAGCAGGCCAGUUCUGGAACAUACCAGGUCAAGUUCUUUGAUGAGGAGUCUUACAGCGCUCUUCGCAAGGCCCAAAGGAACAAUGAGGAUGUGGACUCCAUCAAGCCUCUCUUCUCUGUCAAUGUGGAUCACAGGGGUGCUUGGAAUGGUCCCUGGGUCUCCACGGAGGUUCUGGCUGCGGCCAUCGGCAUCCUGGUCUACUACCUCGCCUUCAGCACCAAGAGCACCAUCCAGGCGUGACGGCGAUGAGCACAGUCCCAGACGCCCACACGGGCCGCCCCCCUGACUGCAGUGACCAGCUCGGACAGACCCAGACGCCCACCGUACAUGCCUGUGUGAAACGCACCCCGACCACAACCUGACCAGCUCAUACAAAUCCACACACAUUUUCAGCAAGCAAUUGAAAGCCUGCUCUUAUACAGCAAUGGCAUACAGAAAAAAAUCACUCUAUUGCCAGCCCUGCUGUUCUACCCUUCAGUGUGAAGAGACAUCCUUGCCAGGCUUUUCUUGGAGUCAAACUUAAGCCAGGGGUUUAAGCUGCUGCUUCAGACAACUAAGACCUAUUGAAACUGGAGUAGAUGUUCCUUCGUUCCAUAGCCUUGUCGUCAGAAGUCCAGGUCUACACUCCUGCUGAAGUGGCCCACUGAUUGGGGAUACAUCAACGACUAAUGCCACUUUUAAGCAUUAAGAUGUUGGGGAGAGUGUGCCAGCCUCCACAAUGGCACUGAUAUUUAAAAGUAUUUUGGGUUUUUGCCCCUCCCAAUUACACUGCAGUCUAUUUAUCCUGAAUCACGCACCAAGCUGGAGAGAAGAGGACUGGAAGAGGG